UUCCCGGGGUUCGCCAUGGACAUCCUGAAGCGCGAGAUCAGCAGGAAGCGGCAGCAGCUGGAGGAGAAGGAGCUCCUGGGGGGAAAUAAGAAGUAUUUCAAGCGCAGUGAGUUAGCUAAAAAGGAAGAGGAGGCCUACUUCCAGAGAUGUGGCUACAAGCCUGUAAAUGAGAAGCCACCUGGAGAGGUACAGCAGCAGGAAGAGGAGGAGAAACCACUGGCUGCAUCAAAUCCAGUGCUGGAACUGGAACUGGCAGAAGAAAAGUUGCCAAUGACCCUUUCCAGGCAGGAGGUUAUCAGGAGGUUACGAGAGAGGGGUGAGCCCAUCAGGCUGUUUGGAGAAACAGAUUAUGAUGCAUUUCAGCGUCUGAGGAAGAUAGAAAUUCUUGCACCUGAAGUGAACAAGGGCUUGAGAAAUGACCUGAAGGCUGCUUUGGAUAAGAUUGAUCAGCAGUAUCUGAAUGAAAUUGUAGGCGGACAAGAAGCAGGAGACGACGACUCCCAGAACGACCUGAAAGUCCAUGAGGAGAAUACCACUAUUGAAGAACUGGAAGCUUUGGGAGAAUCCUUAGGACGUGGUGAUGACCACUAUGAUAUGGACAUCAUAACAAAGUUCUUGAAGUUUCUCCUCGGAGUUUGGGCCAAGGAGCUGAACGCCAGGGAAGACUACGUGAAACGGGGAGUGCAGGGGAAGCUGAACAGCGCCACCCAGAAACAGACAGAGUCCUACCUGAGGCCACUCUUCAGAAAACUCCGGAAAAGGACACUUCCUGCAGACAUCAAAGAAUCAAUAACAGAUAUUAUUAAAUUCAUGUUGCAAAGAGAGUACGUGAAGGCCAACGAUGCCUAUCUCCAGAUGGCCAUCGGGAACGCUCCCUGGCCCAUCGGUGUCACCAUGGUCGGCAUCCACGCGAGAACGGGCCGGGAGAAGAUCUUCUCCAAGCACGUGGCCCAUGUCCUGAACGAUGAAACCCAGAGGAAAUACAUACAGUUGCAGUUUUGUAGAGAUAGAGACCUUCAGGCUUAACUCUGAAUCCUCCAGAGCAGCAUCUUGGAGCUCAAAGCUUCUGGCAGGGGAGGCUUCCAGAAAUUUCUUCCUGAUGAAGAGGACUCCUGUUGCUUUUCGUCUGCUGCAGAUGUUUGCAAGAAAACUGCUUGCAAAAUGCAACUUCACCUUUCUACCCUGAGUCUUUUUGUUUUGGGGCUACAAGUAUCACUUUUGCUUUCUUUUCAGCUAUGGUUUUCAAUACCAUUUUUCCCUUCGUGAGGAGCUGCCUUCCAUGAUGAGUGUCUAACGACAGGGACAGGACUCUGCCAUCUUGGAGUACAAUGGCACUGCCAAAUUACAUUUCCACCACAGCAGUUUGCUUUCUUUUUUGUGAGACUUUUCUCCGUGACUUGAAAGAAAAUAAUCACAGGGUUUCUGUCACGUUGGUUUUUGGCAACUGGUGCCUUGAAAGAAUGAAAAGUCCACAUUCUGCCUUUCUCCUUGAUUGCUUCUUCAGUUUGCCUCUGGAGUGUCACGUGUGGUACUGCAUUUCUCCUCCCAAGAAAUGUUUGGUUCUUUUCUUGGGUGUGCAGCUUGUUUUGGUGUCAAAAAUUGCUGUUUGCUCUUCAGAAUUACUUUUGAUAUUCAGCUUUCUUUUAAAUGUAUUUUGUUGUGGUAUCAUUUUCUCCCUUGGUGAUAAAGAGACGUUAAAGCAUUUCUGUGAUCCUUCACUAUGAAUCUCACCACGUUUCUUUAGUUAUGCACCAAACUUCUCUAAAUUUUGGAGAGAACUCGACAAAUUGCAGGGAGAAAGGUUAAUAAAAGUUGAAUGGAGAAAACCACCCCCCAAAAAAACCAUCCCAACCCCAAAAUAGCAACCUAUUCUUAUUUAAUUCUUCUUGUUAAGCUUAAAAAUACUGUAGGCCAUUAAGUUUGUUUGACAGCUGCAGCUUUAUUACAGAAUUGUAAUUGUUCUAUUAAUUCCUAGGGGCUGAAGAGGCUCAUGACCAUUUGCCAGAAGCACUUCCCAACAGACCCAUCCAAGUGUGUGGAGUACAACGCUCUGUGAGGCUCUGCAGGGGCCAAGGCGUGACUCAUAUUUUUGCCUCCAAGACCCAGAGAGGAUGGAAGAGGCAGAGCCUGUGCUUGGACACCAACAGGAACUUUGUGAAAAUGCAGAAAGCAGGAGAUUUUCUACAGCUUCCUUUUUACAAGCCCCGUUUAUUUAGGUUUUAUUUUUAAAUCUGUGCUUUAUGUUGAACACAACCAGUAUACAGCAAAGGAGAGGUGGGUUUUGAAGAGGUUAAGACCAGGACAGUGACCAGGGGACAGUGCACGAGAGCCUUGCUUUUAUUUCAGUUUGUUAUUCAGACUGAACUGUUUCCCAUAUUUUAGAGCUUUAGUUGAGACUCAGCCCUGCAAGGAGCAUAUGUGGAGCUUUUUUUUUGGCUGCUUUUGCAUUGGAGACUGAUGUGGGGAGAUGAUUAGAGGGAAGCAGUUGAAUCUGAAGCUUGGUUAUUUCUGUAAAUAUAAAGACUUUAUGGGCUAAUCUUUCAUGUGGUAUUUAUCAGGAAUAAAAAAAAAAAGGUUUGUGUAUUUCUCAGCCUCAGUGCAAAGAGUUUUUGAUCUUAAA